GUGUGAACAUCUUAAUGCGGUUCAUAGAAUACAUCCACUUACUAAGUUUGAACAGUAUAGCUCUUAUAGUUUCGGAAAAAAGUGGCUGUGACAGAAUCGGACAGACAGACGGACAUGACGAAUCUAUAAGGGUUCCGUUUUUUACCAUUUGGCUACGGAACCCUAAAAAGCUACAACUCCCUAGGGAGUUACAACUUUUUUUUUAAAUUAUGUCACUAAUUCAUACAAACCAAGUAGCGUAAAUGAGUUUUACUUUGGUGCUGCCUAGUUUAUGUUUGGUUGUGUUUAAAAAUAUUUAAUUUGAUUAAUUGAAUAGCCGUUUAAAAUAUUUUUACGUAAUUUUCAAUCGCGGCUGAAUGCAGAAUAGGUCUGUGCCUUCGAUGCCUAACCUAUUUAAACAUAAUUCCGCUUAAAAUUUAGUUUUUUCUUCGCAAGUGUGAUGAAAAAUAUUGUGUGUAACUCCGGUGGUAAGAAUAUUGCAAACUCGGGUCUCUAAUUCCCUCCAGCCUACGGCUGUUGGGAAUUACCACCCUGGCUUCCAAUAUUUCACUUACCCCCUCGUUGCACAAUGUACUAUAGUUUGUAUGUCUUAUCUGCAGGUCUAUCUAUGGCACACUGCAGUCUAAACAUUAGUCAGCUCAUUCAGUUUAAUCAACCGCCGUGUCACCUAAUUUGCGGUAAGUACGCAGAUUUGCAAGGCUUGAGAAAUGAAACUAUUUAACACUUGUACAUUAUUACUAUACUUAAUAGCAAUUAUCGGUUGCUUCUGUCGAAAUUUUCGUAGGUCGUGCUCGGCGGUAAUGAAAAAUGCGAGGGGCGGAGCGCGCAACCGCAGCCCCGCGGCUUUAUAUAGACGGAGCCCUACAUCCUGCCGCCAUUGUCGGGUAGAUCAUUCAUCUCGUUUAAAAUGUGGAGAAUUAUUUGCGUAAGUUUAUUUUGGAAUAACUAUUAUCAGUCGAGGCAAGUGCAAUACUAUGGGGUCAAUCACGCCUAUCCCUAUAUAUGCAAAGACCAAAAAAAAGGAUUAGAGGACCGUUCAUCGUAGCCACAUUUUUGCUAUAAAAGUCCUUAUUGAGUAACUUUAAAAGUUAUUUUAGUUUUUGUAGACAUAUAAAUUCAGUUAUUUUUGAAAUUCUAAUUGAAGUAACCUGCUGUAAAUGUCUGUAAUACAAGAAAAUCUCUGUAACAAGUGAAAUUGAAAGGAGAUUAUUGCUUACAUUCUUAGUCUGGAGUUUUUAAAAUGAAACUAACUGGAGCUCGAACUGAAAGUGUACUUAAUGCUUUACCUGCGCUAAAGAAGGUACGUUAUGUUUAAAUAUUAACAUGCAGUUUUGUCUAUGGUACUUGUGAACAUUGACACAAAAUUUGCACCCAUUCACACCGGGCCUUCUUUGGCGCCCUGCGAGUCCUGCGACUUGCGUAGUGCUGUUUAUUAUUCUGUGGCGUUGUUUCAGGUAUCGUUGUUAGCUUGGUUUCUGCUGGUGACGGACGUGGCGGGCCAGGAGUACCUGCCGCCCAAGCCCGGCGGCAAGAAGCCUGCUCCCGAACCUACCUUACCAGCGAACUACGAUUUCUCAUACAACGUGGAAGACAACGGCGUGAGCCUAGACUUCGGUCACAACGAGAAGCGUAAGGAUGACCGCGCGACCGGCUCCUACCACGUGCUCCUGCCUGAUGGGCGCAUGCAGUUGGUGGAGUACGAAGCUGGACCUGAUGGGUACAAGCCACAGGUAAUGUACAUGGGCACAGCAACGUACCCCGCGCCGGCGGCGGACAAGUUCGACGGCUACCACUACAACGCGGCCUCCAACCGCCAGAGCGUGCGCCAGGCCGCGCCGCGCCAGGCCGCCCGCACCGCGCCGCCUUCUCCUGCAUCCCCCGCGCCUGUAGCUGCCCCCGCUAAUGCCACGCGAUAGACUAUGGAUUCCCAAAUUCCCGCGGGACGAAUCAAGCCUAUCCGACCCAUAAAAACAACCAAGUUCCAUAUAAUCCAGCCAGUGGGCAUCAUGCCGCCUGCGCCAGCGACACCGGCGCCUGCGACUGGACUCUUUAUGUCUCAAAUGAUCUUUAUUUGCUCAAUAUCAGCUACGAUAAAACAACCCCGAAACAUUAAUAAAUAAAACACUGUAUAUGUUUACUACCCAGAAAUUUCGAAAUCAAUAAAUAGUCCCACAAAUAUCGGCCAGUGAGAACAUUGGGCAAAAUCCGGAAGUGUAUUUAAUAAUGUUAGGACAGGGAAAAGAUAUUCAACGUAACUCGUUUAAUAAUUUGUUACUAGAGUCAGACCAAGAUAAGUUGGCAGCGAUUUUGAUAGCCCAGACGGUGCAAGUGUAAAGUAAAUGUCA